AUGAGUGAUUUGCACGAUUUAUGUAAAUUGUCUAGACCAAUUACUACAAAAGACCUUGAUGAUUUGAAGUUUUAUCUUAAGAGUGGUAUUCCAUCUACUUAUACCAUCGAGGAAGCUUAUAAUUUCAAUAAUGAUAUUCAGGAAGAACCUAAGACCAAUACUACCCCAUUACAUAUUAUUUGCCAACACAUACCAUCAGACUAUAACCUGGAAGAAUUGGAAAUAAUUUCACAGAUGGUGACCAUAUUGUUUGAAUAUGGGGCUGGAUGGUCAUUUACUGAUAUCAAUAAUGAUACUCCAGGUUGUAUUUUGUUAAGAAGGAACUUAAAGAACAAGAUUUUUGAUCAAAUAGUCGAUGCAGGAGUAAGAGCCGAACUUUUGUUGAGGAAGGUUAAUAACAACAUCGAAUUUAUUGAGGAAGAUGAGGAUGUACUCAGAGAAGAAGACGAAGAAAAUGAACCAGAAGAAGUUGUAAGCGAAAAGGAAGCUGUAGCCGAAGACAGUAAGCUUUCCGAUGAACCCCAACAACAAGACCCUGCAGAGUUUCAAAACUCCUACCUCAAUAACAAAUUGUCAUACAAGGACGAUGCUCUUAUAACUUCAAAUAACGAUGGGGUCAUGAUGUCGUGGGAGUCAGAAAUCAUGCAAAAAGCAUGUAAUACGCUAUUCUCAAUUGCAGAUGAUGAGAUGGUUGUCAUGAAUAUUGGUUUUGGGAUGGGAAUAAUAGACGGAAUGAUUCAAGACAGGAAACCUGCCAAGCACUACAUUAUAGAAGCACAUCCAGAUGUUUUGAAGAAAAUGAAGGAUGAUGGUUGGUAUGAAAAGCCAAAUGUGAUCAUCUUAGAGGGAAGAUGGCAAGAACACUUACCUAUUCUUCUCGACCAAGGAAUUUUCUUCAACGGUAUCUAUUACGACACCUUUUCAGAACAUUACAGUGAUAUGUUGGAUUUAUUUGACUACGUUGUAGGAUUGCUCAAGACAAAUGGUACAUUUUCUUUCUUCAAUGGGUUGGGCGCCGACAGGGAAACCAUUUAUCAGGUAUACAAGAAAUUGAUAGGUAUCGACUUGAGUGAUUACGGUUUGACAGUCGAGUUUGAAGAAUAUAACGUCCCAGAUGUGGACUGGAACGGAAUUAAAAGAAGUUACUGGAAUUGUCCUAUCUAUUAUCAUCCAACAAUUCGUUUCCAUCAAUAG